GCGGGGGGAUGGUGAGUCGGGAUAAACACUCGGCGGCGGUGGUGACUGCUGCUCUUCUCUGGGUUCUGUCACGGUGUUGACGGUGCCCAGCUCACCAGCCCCCUCCCCCUUCCUGCGAGCGUGAUCGCCAGAGAGGCUCUCUCAACCCUGCUCUGCCGGGUCCACAGAGGGGCGCGGGUGUCCGGCGGCGGCGGCGAGCCCGUGGGCAGUGGGGGUUGGUCCCGUGGCUCCGGCCCCCGGUGCAGAAUGGCGGCGGCGGUUCGGAUGAACAUCCAGAUGCUGCUGGAGGCGGCCGACUACCUGGAGCGGCGGGAGAGAGAAGCUGAACAUGGUUAUGCCUCCAUGUUACCAUACAAUAACAAGGACAGAGGUGCCUUAAAACGGAGGAACAAAUCCAAGAAGAAUAACAGCAGUAGCAGAUCAACUCACAAUGAAAUGGAGAAGAAUAGACGGGCCCAUCUUCGCUUGUGCCUGGAGAAGUUGAAGGGGCUAGUGCCACUUGGUCCCGAAUCAAAUAGACACACUACGCUGAGUUUAUUAACAAAAGCCAAAUUGCACAUAAAGAAACUUGAAGAUUGUGACAGAAAAGCCAUUCACCAAAUCGACCAGCUUCAGCGAGAGCAGCGACACCUGAAGAGGCAGCUGGAGAAACUGGGCAUCGAGAGGAUACGGAUGGACAGCAUCGGCUCCACAGUGUCCUCGGAGCGCUCAGACUCCGACAGGGAAGAAAUCGAUGUGGACGUUGAAAGCACAGACUAUCUCACGGGUGAGUUGGACUGGAGCAGCAGCAGUGUGAGUGAUUCUGACGAGCGGGGUAGCACGCAGAGCCUCGGCAGUGACGAGGGCUACGCCAGCGCCAGCAUCAAGAGAAUAAAGCUCCAGGACCAUCACAAGACGUGUCUUGCUCUAUAAGAGAGAGUGGUCGCUUCGGCUGCCCCCCCGGAUGGUUCUCCCUGUCGGAUCUGAUUAGGUAGUGUAUUGGACCUGCCCACAAUCCCCUUGCACGUCAACUUCAGUGUACCACCUCUACCAAAAUCAGCUUUGUAAACGUUUUCAAGGAAGUGCUUAGGAUUGUGGGUUUCUGAUUGCAUCCACUAGCUUCUCUCUCUCUCCAUAAAAAUUCGUCUCUGGGAGACUGUACAUUCCAAUCAAUUUGAAACACCCAAGGGUUCUUAGACCGAAGAAGCAACUUUCACAUCUCAGCCAUUUCCUGCCCGCCCUCCCCCCUUUAUUCACCGUCCCCACAUAGCCUACCAGACCUUGCUUAAAGUUUUCUGGCUUACCAUGUUUCUUGCCUAGCAGAAAUGUACAAAUGUGUCUUGUGCUUAGGAAACUGAAGGAAACAAACUUCUAAAGCUGAGAUCCUGAUCUCAGAACUCCAAAGUAAGCCUUGAAAGCGGCAUUUAAGAGCACUUAACCGUGGACCUCACCCCCGUGAGGCGUCAGGAAUACCUCCAGAAAACAUCCCCCCACCCCCAGGCUCCUUCCCCACCCUGCGUGUGGAUGGGAGCAGUUCUCACUCUAAAAUGGACACCUGGUGAGCAGGUCUUUGGGGUGGCACAGCUGAUAAACGUUCCAGUAUUGUUUGUUCUCGCAAACAAAACGGUACAAUCUAUUUUCUGUGCGACAUGCUUGGGACCGCUUUGUGUAUGGCUGUCCCCAAGGCCAUUGCCCCUCAAAGUUUGUUCUGCUACUUGUCUCUGGAACAUUUUUUUUUCCUACCUCAGAGAUAAAUGAGAUCUCCAUUCCCCACUUAACACAAAGUGAUUCUGCCUCUUUUUUUCCCCCCUGAAUAAGUGACAUUUGGUCCAAUUCUAAUCUAUUUUCCUAUUUAACUUUCAGCAAUAACUGAGCUUUGGCGCUAGCUGAGCUAGUGGCCACCAUCAGUGAAAGAAAAAGUCCACAUUUCUACUGUGUUGCAGGUGAACAGGAGGGGAUGGUACCGUGUUACUGGAAUCCCUCUCCUUAUUAUUUUUGGACACACCCGGAAACUUCUUUAUGGAGGCUUUUGGGUUGAUAGUGUGAAAGGCUGAUUUUCCUUUUGGGUUAUGAUUUCUCCCUUAAGUGGUCUCCCACUUUGUAGCAUUUUUAUUUAAGCUAAAACAGAGCACAUGUAUAUGUACAUAAGACACAUUAAAUCUAUAAAUACUAUUUAUUCAUUUUAUAUAAAUUAAUGUAAUGGAAAACAAAUUCUUAUGACUUUGUGCUUUUAUAGAUGUUCUAGAAACUUUGUAUGUAGGUAUCUACCAAAUUGGUUCAUUCCCCUUAAUAUUUUUGAGGUCUUGGUGUUUUCAGCCUCUGGCAAAUCUUUUUCAUUGAAUUUGAACCAUUUGUAAAAUCUGUGACGCUGAAACAGAGUGUAUGUCACAAAGUGAUGAGAACAUUCCUAAAACCCACAGACGCACUGCAACCUAAGGGCUCAACGGCUGAACCAGUCGCGGACGGCCACCCCGUGCUCCCCACUGGCCUGUGGUCUCUAGCACCCAAUGGCCUCGCAACGCCUCCAACCCUCACCCCCCGCCCCCGCCACCUUCCACACAACCAAACGUUCAAAUGCACUCUACACGGAAGCUCAUUCUAGAUAUGAGGAGCAGUGUAAACAAAGCAAGAUUACUUCUGUGUGUUUCUCUUUUUCAUGAUUCUUUAACGCAUUAAAAUCAAAAUUAAAUUGGAAGUAGUGGAUUGCUAAAUGAUCCCAAAGUCAUAUGGUAUAACUCUUGUUUUUGUUUUGUUCUGGUUUUUUUUUCCCCUUCAUUUCAGCUUUGGGUGGGGGAAAGGGGCAGGUGACACAAAGGAUUUUUUUACUGUUGGAAUCUUUUCCAAUUACCAGCUGAAGAUUUGCACUGAAAUACAACUUGUAUGCCUUUUGCAUUUUUAAAGCCUGCUUCCUGAAUUUAAGCAGAGUGAUAGUGUUCAAAGAGCCAGCUCAGCCUGUAACAUGUUUGAAAAAGAUAAGUCUGCACUUUGAGGUCCCUUUCGAAUGCCAUUCGCUAGACCUCUCAAGCAUUUUGUUUAAUUGCUACGUUCAAGCGCCUCACAAGUCCAUGAUGCUAGAUGCUGGAUGGCAUCGAAAACUCAAGACUUUGGGAAAAGCUUGUGGGCUUGCAUUUGGGGGAGGGGAGGGAACAAAAUCUGUGUAUUUGUUUGUUUAAUUUAGAAAUAAGGCAUCUGAGAGGUGCCAUUCUCUGUGUUUUAAUUGUUGUGCCUUUGAGUUAAAUUGCAUUUUUGUCUUUUGGUUGAAAUAUGAAAUGUACUGUCCCAAUAUAAAACAGUAAUUAUUUGACCUUUGCACUGUUUGUCUGGUCCUUUUCAAUUUGACUGCAUAGAAAUGUGGAACUUGAUAGAUCGCUAUAUUUUUAAUGCACUUGUGAUAAAUAAACUGACACCAGGGUUAGACAUUACCUUCAAAGCUCGAGGUAAACGGAAUCAGCAUGCUAGACGGGCCUCUCUCUGACCAAAACUGUAACCCUCAGGACCAGCAAACUCAGCCCAAGGCGGCUAAUCUCACCUCCCCAUGCGGCUGAUCAGCAGCCCUGAUUCGCCAAUCUGCCCUCGUUCACUGAUCUACCAGCGUGACUUACGAGCUGUACUGUCUUUUUGGUUGUUUAGGGGUUUGGGGGGUUUUUUUUAAGCAAAAUGGAAAACCUUUCUAUUAGGGUUGUUGUGGGGAGGGGAUGGGCAAAGAUAAACCCCAGCCUUUAAGACUUUGACAAUUGUACGUAAAUAGAGAUGUGUAUAAAUAUAGGCACAUGCAUAUUUUUAUGUGAAAAUGGAUUUUAAAGAGCUAAAAAGAAAUCUAAGCCACACUCUUGUUGACACCAUUGCAAUGCAAAUGGGAAAAUAAGAGUACGUAGUCCAAUUUAAUUGUAUGCAGUGAGAAAAUAUAUAUGUGUGCUUCUGGUAACAUCCCAGAGAACAUAGCUGUCCAUGCCUGUUGGCUUAGGAUGGCAGGCUGAGCACCCAGGGUGUUUUGCUUUGGGUUUUCUUUUGCUAAGCAGAGAUCUUGAAUUCAUCAAGGUGCUGAUAGCGACUGCUGACACCUUUCUCUAGUCAUAGACAUCUAACGCUAGUUAGUGAUUCAGAGAGCAUCACGUUUUUGAGCAGGACCUAGAUUCUUCUGUCAGCCCAAGACUGAAACAAGGGCAGUGCCCACUCAACACUGAGCACAAUGUGGGCCUUGACCCUGCCAUCGGCCACGGGAGUGGUUUGGGUUUUUUUAAGGCGGGCAUUUUCCUUUAACCUCUCUCUACUUGUUUCGAAAGAAACAGAGGGACCUUACCUGGGUCCCAAUGGGCCUCUCUCCUCCAUCCCCAAAGUGGCCAAGAGCAAAUCCUAGGGUGUGAAAAAAAAAAAGUAUAAACUAGGUAGGAUUGUGAUGCUCAAAAUAACUGUCUAGCAAUAUCUUGGGGCUUGCUAAGGGAUGUUAUGGGCUUUUUUUGUUGCCUCACCCCCAUCCUUUAAAGAGAAAACUUAUUUUUGCAAAGUCUAUCCAUACACAUUAUUAUUUAGGCUUUUUAUACCAUGCUGUAUUGGCAAGAAUACCACUUUUAUUGUGCUUCACAAUCUAUUGCCCUGAAUCUCAGUCUUGUUUCCUCAAGUUUGUCUUCCCCCUUUACCUGCUCUGCGCGUUGAGCACCAGGAAGUCAAAGGCUGCCAAGCCGUAUCCUGCAUGGCAAUCUAUUUUUCUAUGUCUAAGGAUGAAUGCAUUAUGUUUAGGUAGCUGGCUAUUACUGAUUUUAAAAAUCCUUCCUGGGAGAAGACCCAAAGGCCCUUUAGAUGAGGUGGUCUUUCCCAUUCUACAUGCGCUCUUUGUUUUGAAGAUGCCUGGGGAAGGGGGGAGGGGGGAGUGCAAUAUGUGAUUUAUCAUGACUUUCAUUAAUAUUACAUGGGUGAUUUUCUUACACUAUAUUCUUCUGAAAGAAGAAAGAAUUGUCUAGCACUGCUAGAGUCAGCUAUUGAAUGGCUGAAGAAAUUGAGUGUCUUCAUCUUCUCUCAAAAAAAUCAUACAGUGAGAAUUAGUAAGGCACUCAAUUCUAAGACUUAACCAGAUUUUUAAAUUUUAAUUUCUUAAUUUCUUUUGGAGGGGGGGUCUGGGCAGGAGGGCUGAGGGGGCAUUCUUUAUUUUAGCUUUUCCCUGAGAACCAGACUUGCCUUUACCCCCAGUCCCUACAAUUGGUGCUCUGGGACUGUCGCGUUAACCAUCGAUGUUGGCGGCCAUCUUCCUAGUGGUAAACACAGCCUAAGCAGGGAGCAGCAGAUGAGAGAGUAUACAAUUCUGUUUCCAGAUGUUUCUUUAUGUAAAUACGACGCCAAUGUAAAUCCUGUGUCAAGACAUAGAGAAUGGUGCUUUUUACUACAUUUAGCACAUGCAUUUUUAGAACAACCACAUGUUUUAGAGAAUCUUUGCUGUGUACAUGUAAACUUCUGUAUUGUUCAACCGUUUAACAAAUAAUAAAUUAUUUCAUUAUGAAAGAAA